AUGCAGUUUAAACUCGCUUUUGUCUCCGCCGCUCUCGCUACCCUUGCGGUCGCCACGCCUGCUCCUCGCAACGAGCCCGCCAGUAGUUGCAGUACUGGCCCUGUCCAGUGCUGCGAUAGCACCGAGUCUGCCAGCAGUUCCAGUGCUGCUGCGGUUCUUGGGCUCCUUGGCAUUGUCCUCCAAGAUUUGAACGUCCUCGUCGGUCUUACAUGCAGCCCGAUCACUGUCAUUGGCGCUUCUGGCAGCAGUUGCUCUGCGCAGGCGGUCUGCUGUGACGACAAUAGCCAUGGUGGACUCAUCUCCAUCGGUUGUGUUCCCGUUACUCUCUGA